AUGAAUGAGAUUGUUCAUGAUAAGUAUAAUACUCCCCAAGCAAUGGAGAGUUCGUCGACUAGAAUACCUCAGAGACUCCGACAUGCUCAAUCGCUCUUCCGUCGCCGACCUACGACAGUAGAACCGGAUAGUAACCAUCGUCGUCGAUGGAGCCAUUAUGACAAUUUGCCAAAUGGCGUUCAUUCAUCUUAUGAUGCAAACACAGUGAAUCCAAAUGCGUCAAUAAAGUCUGGAUAUUCAACGGAACAGGCACUGGCUUCCUUAAACAGAGACCGUUCAACAAGAAACAAUCUAACCUUUGCUUCAACUGAACUAAAAGCUACGCUUCCAUCAUUGGAUGAGCAUCGCUUAAGUCAUAGGAGUCCUCAGGAUUUUGGUAUUCCGGUUGACGGAAAUCGGGAAUCUUCUUAUCGAACAAGUAGGAAUUCGAAUUUUCCUUUAAUACCCCAAAAAUCAAUUCGAAGAUACUAUUCGAAUCGAACAGCAGGACGACUGGAUAAUGGUCGUUCGGGUUCUCCUUCCAGCAGAUUUAGUACAACAAGCGGGGUUUCCGCUGUAAAUCCUGCUCGUUUUGCUGAUGAAAAUGAUGAUAUCGCUACACCUAAAAAUUUCAGUAAUCGAUUUGCCGAUUCAGAUUUUGAGCCUGGAAGGACGUCAAGGUUUUCUGAGCGUUCAGAAACGGCAAGGAAAAGGAAUUCCUUAAAUUUUCAAGCCCAAAUGAAACCGAUAGGUACAAGAAUGGCUUCCAAAAACGGUCAAUCCAUGCGUGCUUCCGAAUUAACGGAACGAGGGUCUUUGUUUUCGACUGCUCCCGAAAGUGAAGCCAACCAUAGUCCAUUAGCUCCUACUGUUUCUGGAAGCAGUUUUGGUUACCUGCCCAAUGAUCACAUUUUGGAGACUCAGUCUCGUUCUGGUGUACUUAGUCCUCGACAUUCUAAUAUCCCUGCUUGGCAGCCAGAUACAGCAGCACCUACGCAUGUGCCUACGCAGAAUCGUCAACGGCCUCUUUUCACAGAUCUCAACUCUCCUAGUGACGAGAUGCAGGGUUCAGAUCCUUAUAUGGACGUACGUGAAUUUCCUGUUGAUGACUCGGAUAGUGAGCGCAGUUACCGUCGAGUACGAGAUCAGUAUUUGCAAACGCCUCGUGCCAGGUCUAAUCGCUAUAGUGGUGUGUCCAAUACCGCUAGUCAAAUUACGCCGAGAGCGUCUCAAGCAAAUUUGAAUCAUAAUCAGAGACCCGUGAGUCAUUAUUAUGAAAAGCUGCACAUAAACAAUCCGAAAAAUAACAGCUUUCAGGCCUUACCGUACGAAACCACAGCUCCUGCUACGAGACCUCUGCCUGUGACGCAUCCGGAACAGGCAUCACCAAAAAAAAAUAAGAGUGGUUUCUUGAGGAAAUUUGCUCAUAAAAUUUCUCGUAUAUUUAAGUAA